UUCAACUCAAGGCCAAAAGAAUGAAUACCUUCCAAUAUUUCACGUUGAUACAUUUUUUAGGGUUUCAACUCUAAAACAAACACUCACUCAAACUCAAACACAAACCCUCCAUUUUCUCCAUUUUCUCUCUCCUAAAACCUUCAUCCAUGGAUUCCGAAGAACCAUCACAAGAAUCCCUAGGUACGUCACUAAUCAAAGGUUUAGCUUCCUGCAACUCUUCAUCUCGAUCUAAAUCCCUAAAAACCCUUCUCAAUUGGCUUUCUUCUCAAACCCUAAUUUCCGACGACGAUUUCAAAAAGCUAUGGAAAGCCCUCUUUUACUGCAUGUGGCACUGCGACAAGAUUGAAAAUCAAACUAAUCUCAUCAAUCGUCUUUCCUCUCUCCUCCCUAAUCUCCCAUUUCCACUUUCUCUCUCCUAUUUUUCGCACUUUCUUCUCACCAUGCGAAGAGAAUGGCCUGGGAUUGAUCACUUAAGGUUAGAUAAAUUCUAUCUUUUGAUUCGUUAUUUUGUUAGGAAUUUGUUUGUUUUGUUGAAGAAUAUGAAUUGGGAUUUAUCUGUUUUGAGGGAAUUUGUUGCGGUUUUGGAGAAAAGGGCUUUUUUCUUUGUUGAUGAUGAUGGAAAAGGGGAUAAUGGGUUGGGUAAUGGUGUUACUUAUCAUAUUGUAUCGGUUUUUUUCGAUGAGAUUAAGGUGUUUUUGCCGUUGAAUUUGGAGGUGUUGAAUUUGUUGUUUAGGCCCUUUUUGGGGGUUUUGAGUGUGAGUGAUAAUAAGGUUUUUGUGGGGAAAGUUAAGAGUCAUGUGUUUGAUUGUUUGAUUAAGAAUGGGAAGGGUUUGUUGAGUGCUAAGAAGUUAGGCGAAUGCGGCGAGGUUGAUGGUAAGGAUGAGAGGGUGUUGUUUGGAACUAUUGCAUUAGUAAUGGGAUUCGGAACGAGGCUUUAUGAGUUAGGUUCGUCUCCUGAUUGUGUUCAGGGGAAUAGGAAGGUUUUAUUUGGUUUGAAUGAUGAGUUUUUGAAAUUGGAGAAGGAGAUGGCUUCUUUGGGAAUCGAUGUUUCGCUCCCUGAGGUUGAUGAUGAGGUGCCGGAGUUGGUUCCUAUUAAUGGCGAAGUUCGCGGGAAUGAGAAUUCGAGGAAAAUGAAUGGGGUUGUGGAAGUUGAACCUUCUAAGAAGAAAAGUAAGGAAUCUAAAAAAGCUUCCAAAGAGAAGAAGAAAAAGAAGAAUGGGGUUACUAGCUCUGGUGGAGCAAGUGGGAAUGGUUCUAAUAACGAUAUUGAAAUGGUUAGCAUAAGUGACAGUUUGAAUACGAAAGUUGAAGAUGAAGUGGAUGCACUAGAACUGAAUGAGGUAUCGAUUUCAAAUCUUCAAAAGCAGUUUGAGAAGAUUGCUGCUGAGUCCGGACUAGAUGGUGAUGGUGUGAGUGCACUUGAGUCUCCAACAACAGUUCAAGUCAAUGGCAAGGCAGGUAAGAAGCGUAAGAGAUCAAAGGCCGUGGCUAAUGGUGACCAAGAUGAUGUUGAAAAAGAAGAAGUUGUGCCUAAUGCAGAUGAUAAGAGUUCAAAGAAAGUUAGAUUUGCCAUGAAGAAUAAUAUUGUCUGGAAACCUCAUAGUCCUUUACCUCCACAAAGCGUGAGGAUACCUCCAUCUUCGACACCUAGAGGUAGUGCCCUUAAGAAGGGUGUGUCUCCUGGACCCAUUAGGGAUACAACUCUAGAUGUUAAGAGGGCUAAGAAGAAGAAACAGAGUCCUCUUAAGAAAGCUCGAAAGGUGAAGAGCAUAUCUCCUUCGGUCAAACGCACCAAAAAGAAGAAGGUUAAGCAAAUGUCGGCCUAGUUUCUGCUUCAUCUUGCUGGAUCAUGGUUGCAGCAGUUGAAGCUCUCUUGUGUUUGUUGGUGUGGAAUUCAUGAGGUGACUGUCUUAACUUGUGGAUUUUUGUCUUGUUAUCAACAAGAUAGUAGAAUGUUCAGUAAGCAGUGAGUGAUGCUUAUAUAGUUGAAUUUUCUAUGGUUAACAUGAUAUCUAUGAUUGCUUGUUGGUCAUAUCAAAGAUAGAAAAUUGAAUUCAUUCUUUACCCAUGAUUUUAAGAAACUUUUUAUGUCACGAACUAAUCAGCUUUGAUCGGAUUCAUACCAAGUUUCAGGUGAAUUUAGCAUAAUUUUAUUUCAUUUCAUGUGACUUAUGAGAAUGUUCGACUUUGUAUUCUGAAAAUCCUUCUUAGAUUCA